UGCUUGAUAGGAACACGCAUCAGCAGCACGGGCGGCCUUUCUAUUGAAGCUGGAACGCACGUCGUUUACCGACAACUAUGGAACGCAAAGUAGGCGACGACGUGCCGGCGGAUUUCUCAGCGGGCAAGCAGAAACCUUUGGGCCGAGGGCGCGGUAAGGCGGCGCGCUUGGCACCGCCAAGCUCGGCGGGACAACCUUCGCGUCAGCUGGCUGCAGCAGCACCCGUCGCAGUGACGUCGCAGUCGACAGUGCCCGCGGAGCGCACCAACGUGUACUAUUUGCUACAGAAUAAGGGCCACGCAGACCAGCUCCUGGUAUCGCAAAAGGCUGUCUCAACGCUGCCGUCACCGAGCAUUGGCCAAGAGGCGGCUGCAGAUAGCGGCCCCAUUUGGCCCACAGCCGUUGCGUGGAGCGAAAGACAGCCUGGCAUCUACCGGGAGAUUAUUCAAAAAGCGAUACACGACCCAGCUUCAGUGCGCGGCAUUCAGUGGAUGGAACUGGCCCGAGCUUUCUGCGGCAGCGUCAUCGAAAGCAAUGAGAACGCAGGAACGGUGGCCACAUUAUGCAUAUUGUUUAGUCAGGUGGACAAAACGAAGGCGUUCUUGUGCGCCCUGAUCAAGACAACCCGUGAGUGGUUUGAUCGGCGCGGUGAGCUGCUGCAGGCGCCCAAUGGCUACCCACGACGGUGGACGGCCUACGUGUUCCUGGUGACCGAGCUCUUCGUGGGACUGAAACGGCAAGGAGCUCACGUCAGCAUCAUCGCGCUGUUGGCGUUGUUGCUCCUCCAGUCUUGCCUAGUUAUUCUACGGACACCAAUGACUGGCAGCAGCACUGAGAUGGAGUGCCUGCGGUGGGUGCUGACGGUCGCCGGCCGCGACGUGCAGAGCACAAAGGCGUGGCUCAUGGUGACCUUGAUUAGGCGCAUGCGCAAUGCCUUCGCUCAGUCGGAUGCAUCGACUAUGGUGCGCCACACGCUCCUCGAACUGAUCGAGCUGCACGCCUCCGGGUGGCAGCUGAACGCGGCGCAACUUCAGUACUACUGCCCGCAUGCAAGACUGCACUGCUCCGAGGCGGGCAACCACAGCGCUGCAGUAGCUGCCACUGGCGGUCCACAUUUUGGGAAUACGAAUGCCAGCUGCGUAGGUGUGCGCGCAACGCAGCGAGCUGUUUAAGCGCACGUGCUGGUCAGCGCAACAUCUGAUAUCUGUGCUGCCAGCAAGGUUCGGAGCGUGCAAUAUUGUCGGCUCCAGUCAAUCUCCAGCAGAAAUUUGUAACUGCGCCGCUGCCCGCUCACUCCAACGAAUAAAUGAGAACUCAU